AUGACUGAUCAAGCUCAAGCAAUUGCAGCUGGUAUACGAAAUAUUUUUCCUUCAAGUGUUCAUCAUAGAUUAUGUGUUUGGCAUAUUAAACAAAAUUCCAAGAAACACAUUGGGGCAUUGAGAGCUUUGGAUGGUUUCACUGAUUUAUUUGGUUAUUUGCUGAAGUACUGUGAAACUCCAGCUGAAUUUGAGCAUUAUUGGAAAAGAAUGUUGAUGAAAUAUGACUGUGCAAAGUUUGAUUGGUUAAGUGAUUUGUAUAAGAUUAAAGAGAAGUGGUGUCCAGCUUUUUCAAAGCAACAUUGGUCUGGAGGUGUUCUCUCUUCUCAACGUAGUGAGACAACUAAUAAAUCAGUUUCUCAAAGGCUUAACAAGACACAAGGUUUAUGUGAUUUCUAUCAAGUAUCAUUGUAUACAAUUCAAGCUUAUGUGCUUUUUGAGGAAGAGUUCAUUAAGGGUACUGCUUGUGAUCAUAACGAUGCUGGUUUGAAUUUUCCUGAAUAUAGUUAUCAUUUGUGGAGACCUGGGAAAGACAUAAUCAAGCAUGAGGUUGUUUUUAAUAAAGAAACACAUGCAAUAUGUUGUACAUGCAUGCUGUUUAGUGAGAUGGGUUUGCUUUGUUCUCAUGCUCUUCGGAUAUAUCACAUAAACUGCGUUCAUAAGAUUCCAGAUGAGUAUCUAUGUAAGAGGUGGACUAAGGCUGCUAUGUGUAGUCAUCGUCUUGAUGAACCGACGUUGAAGUCUAAUGAAUUGGAUGAGAAUGGGUGUCCUAUCUCCUAUGCUAAUUCUUUUACAGAUCCGAAUGAGUUAAUUGUUGGUAAUAAAAAAUCAGUUGUUGUAGAAGAUAUCCUUUCUUCUUCAGAUGAUAGUGUAUCAAAUGACUUUGAACAGGAAUAUGGAGAAAAUUCUAUGCAAUCAAAUUUUACUGUUGAUCCAGACAUAUCCUCUAUUGUGAAGUGUUUUGAUUUUGAUCGUCUGGGUAAAAAUAUUGAUGUUCAUGAAGGAGUUGCAAUUGCUCAAGAUGUUGAAAAUGUUCCAAAUAAUGCUCAAUUUCCAGCAAAGAAACCAAGAAAUGUACAUUUUGUCACAGUUGUGCAUGCUCAGACCAAAGCCCAAGCUCCUUCUAAAAUUUCUAGAGUUGUUCAGAAGCCUCCAAAAGCUUCAAGAAAUGGUCAAGUUCAUCCUACUGUUUCAAGGAAUUCUCAAGCUGCUCCUAAUGUUCCAAGAAGUAUUCAAGGAGGUUUUCGGAAUGUUCAAGCUGAUUUUAAUGUUUCAAGAAAUAUCCAUGAUGUUCCUAAUGUUCCAAUAAGUAUUCAAGGCGGUUCUUGGAAUGUUCAAGUUUCUCCUAGUGUUUCAAGAAAUGUUCAUGAUGCUCCUACUGUUCGAAGAAGUACUCAAGGCGGUUCUCCACAGAUUUCAACUAAAUAUGAUAGGUUAUUAGAUUUUUUUUUAUACAAGUGUGGCUAA